UUUACAUAGAAAACACAGGUCUGUGGAAAAAGCUGUUCUUAUCAUAACACUGUUUGAGUGCUUAAGAACUUCCUCAUUCUUUGUCUGAAAUGGCUGCUAGCUGCAGGCUUCCUUAAUUUUGGCUGCAUCUGUUCUGUUCGAAAACAGGAGACUGCCAAUAGCCACCGGGGAACAGCUUCAACAGGAGAAAUUGAGGAACCACCUCUCCUGAGAGGAGGGAGACCCCUGUUCAAAUCCUUCCCCCUCCCCUCCACCCUGGGCAGAGAAUCGUGAAUUGAGCCUCUGUCUCCCACAUCCCAGGUGAAAUUAAAUGACUUGAAAAUGGAUUCAUCUUCUCAUGAGUUCCCAGUGACCGUUUUAGAACAAACUGCCUCACAGCUAGGAUGCAAUCCAGCAGAUCAGAAACUUGCUUUGCACUUAGAUGAAGAAGAUGAACUGAAACACCUCCGUGAAUGUUUCCAUAUUCCAAAAGUCAAGGAUCUACCUCCAACUGACCUAACUUUAGUGAAUGAAAAUGAAAGCUGCAUAUACUUUGCUGGGAAUUCUCUUGGACUUCAGCCAAAAAAAGUUAAAGCUUACCUGGAUGAAGAGUUGGAUAUGUGGGCUAAAAGAGGUGUACAUGGUCAUUUCAAUGGUAAGCGCCCAUGGGCUUUUGGAGAUGAGUGCAUCGUGGAGCUUAUGGCUGAUAUUGUGGGUGCUCGAAAGGAAGAAGUAGCCUUAAUGAAUGGCCUGACUGUUAAUCUGCAUCUCCAGAUGUUAUCUUUUUUUAGCCCUACUCCAACUCGUUACAAAAUUCUUCUAGAAGCCAAAGCCUUUCCCUCCGAUCAUUAUGCUGUUGAGUCUCAGCUUCAGCUUCAUGGACUUGAUGUGGAGAAAUGCAUGCUCAUGAUACAGCCACGCAAGGGGGAGGAGACCUUGAGAAUUGAAGAUAUCCUUGACAUAAUUGAGAAGGAAGGGGACUCUGUUGCUGUAAUUUUGCUGAGUGGAGUGCAGUACUACACAGGACAGCUGUUUGACAUCCCCAGAAUAACAAAGGCUGGCCAAGAAAAGGGUUGCUAUGUUGGCUUUGACCUGGCUCAUGCUGCUGGUAAUGUAGAAUUGCAUUUACAUGACUGGGGAGUAGAUUUUGCCUGCUGGUGUUCCUACAAGUAUUUAAAUUCUGGAGCUGGGGGCCUGGCUGGUGCCUACAUUCAUGAGAAACAUUCCCAGACUAUAAAACCAGCGCUAAUAGGCUGGUGGGGUCAUGAAUUCAAAACUAGAUUUCUCAUGGAAAACAAAUUGCAACUAAGUCCUGGAAUCAAUGGAUUUCGGUUAUCAAAUCCUCCAAUGUUAUUGGUCUGUGCACUGCAUGCUAGUUUAGAGGUCUUUGGUCAAACUACAAUGAAAGCACUGAGAAGGAAAUCCAUUCUGCUAACGGGUUACUUGGAGUAUCUGAUAAAGCAUUACUACAGUGAGGAUAAAGCAAAUCCAGAGAAACCCUUUGUAAAAAUAAUCACACCACCUCAGAUUGAGGAAAGAGGAUGCCAGCUCACACUAAUUUUUUCUGCUCCAAUCAAAUCUGUAUUUAAAGAACUGGAAAAAAGAGGAAUAGCUUGUGACAUGCGAGAACCAAAAGCUCUUCGUGUUGCCCCAGUUCCUCUCUACAAUUCUUUCCAUGAUGUACACAGAUUUAUUGGAAUCCUGGGAUCUGCAAUUACAUCUGCAAAACAGGCAGCAAACAAUGCUGCACUAUCCUGAUCUUAUUGAUGGCUCAACUGUAUCUUUUAAUCUAUUUCUGACUAAGAUGCAUUUAUUCUUCUGAGCAAUUCUGUCCUUCUAGUAGACUAGGCUAUAUUCACUGCAAUUUGCAACAACAACAACAAAAAGGGGGUGGGGGUGAUUGAAUAGUUAUUUACAACAGACUGUACUUUUUAUUAAAGCUAAUAUUUCCUCUUU